AUGCCGUACCGUAUCGAGGCCUCUCCGAACAACCGUGCUGGUUGUUCGAACAAGGAAUGCAAGGAUCAGAAGAUCAAGAUCACCAAGGGUGAAAUCCGAGUCGGAACCUGGGUCGAAACCGAGAACUACCAAAGCUGGAACUGGCGCCACUGGGGUUGUACUACUCCACUUGUUCUCUCUCACAUCGUCAAAGAUGUCUUCGAGAAGGACAAGGUGACUGGCGAUGAGAAAUUCGACCUCAUCGAUGGCUGGGAGGACCUGCCUGAGGUGUACCAGGAGACUAUCCGCAACGCUCUGACUCAGGGACAUGUCGCCGAUGAUGCCUGGAAGGGUGACCCUGAAUGCAACCGACCUGGUAUGCGUGGCUUCCGUCGCGCCGGAAAGAAGAAGGCCGCCCCCAAGGAAGCUGAUGAGCCUAAGAAUGAUGGCGCCGCCAAUGUUGAGGAUAUCAAGCCUGCCAAGGAAGUGAAGAAGGCUUCCAGCGCCAAGAACAAGAAGCCGGCCAAUGAUGAGAAGGCGGAUAACGACAAGGCCGGUGAGGAUGAGAAGCCCGCCAAGGCCAAGAGAAGCACUCGUGCCAAGAAGACCACGACCAACGAGUCCGCUGAGGAUGAGACUACUGAGUCUGCUGCAAAGGCCAACGCCAAGGCCAAGCGAACUCCUCGUGCUAAGGCUGCUCCCAAGGAGGAUGCUGAUGCCGAGACUCAGCCUGCUAAGCGUCGCGGUCGUCCCGCCAAGUCUGCCGAUGCCGCUGAGGGAUCGACCAAGCCUGCUGCAAAGGGAACCAAGCGCAAGGCUCCCGUUGAUGAUGAUCAGGAUGAGACUGCUGAGAAGCCCAAGCGUGGCCGCAAGAAGGCUGCGGUGGUCGAGAAGGAGACCGAGGAGCAGGAAGCUGCCCCUGAGAAGCCCAAGCGCGGUCGCAAGAAGGCUGUCCCCGAGAAGGAGACUGAAGAUCAAGAGGCUGUCCCCGAGAAGCCCAAGCGUGGCCGCAAGCGCGCUGCCCCCGAGACCGAGGAGCAGGAAGCUGUUGCUGAGAAGCCUAAGCGCGGCCGCAAGAAGGCCACCAAGGAGUAG